AUGACUGUUUAUAACACCAUUGAAGAGGGUGCCUACGUUGAUGUGGUCGUGAAGCUUGGCCUUAUAAAGCUCUUAAAAAAGGAAUUCGACGCCUGUGAAACUCUCAGAAAUUAUAACUCAACCAUCCAAUGCCCAGUCGAGCCAGGGUCAUAUGAAGUCACUCAUACUGCGGAUCUGCCCAGAGAAAUUCCAUUGGCAAAAUACAACAUCGAAGCAGAGGGCUAUACUAGUAAUGAUGACCCUAUGCUAUGCUUGAAGUUUGUAGCUGAUUUUAGGUUCCCACCUAAAUAA